UCGCUCGCAGGCCUCGGGUGAGAGCGAGUGUGUCGCGUUUCGGAUUGCCUGGCGUGUCGCGGCGAAUGCUCGAGACCGCGAACGGAGGAGCACCGUGCGCGCAUCGACGGGUCGUCGUCCCGAGGAACUCGCCCGGUCGAUCGGGCUCGGCGAAGAUGUGAGAGAAACGAGGAAACCGCAAAGUCGUCGCCCCGUCGCCUGGCAUCUUCGCCGGCCUCGCAGGGAGGAAGGAACCAGCGGACGGCGUCGAAGUGUCAGGGGGUGUCAGGAGGCGUCGGAAAGUGUCAAAGAGCGUCGAAAGGCGUCGAGGGAAGCCCGUUCGCAGUGGUCAGCGUCGAGAGAGCAUGGGCCCUGACGCGGGGCGUGUCUUCGGGGGAGCCGGAGCCGGAGCUGCACGCGACUAGCGCACGAGUCUGGAGUAGGAUGGGAUUUUUUUUGCCCUCUGAGAUCUUCCCAGCUAUGCUGGCUCUGGCGCCAAGAGGCUCCGAGUGAGAGCGUUCCGAUGCCAGGAUAUUAACUUUUGAGCCGGUCGAUUCGUAGGUUCCUGACACACAAGGAGGGAUGUCGCGAAAUACUGGUCCUGGACUGUAUGAAUUUCUUAUGGAGGCUGAAUUGCAACAAUAUUAUCCGGGUAUUCGAGGAGACCUGAAAGUACAGACGACUGCUCAGCUAAAAUAUGUAACAGAAGAAGAUCUAAACGCAAUCGGUAUGAGUAAACCAGAGAUGCGCCGUCUAAAAAAGUAUUUCCAAAAGCACUUCCCGCAGAACUAUUUGUCCAAGUUCAAGAAGAUGCUUCUUCCAAAACGGGAGGAACAAGUACCCGGGGCAUUGGGAAUGUUACCCGAGGAAAGGCAGGACCGGCCUCCAGUCCGAGUCCCCAACAAGCACAUGAUACCAGCCGAUGCGAUAAUUGUUAACAAAGAACUAGGAACCGGAGAAUUUGGGGUGGUACAACAGGGAGUAUGGACAAACGACGGGGAAAGAAUUCAAGUGGCAAUAAAAUGUCUUUCAAGAGAACGUAUGCAGAACAAUCCUAUCGAGUUUCUAAAAGAGGCUGCCAUAAUGCAUGCCAUCGAUCACGAGCACAUCGUCAGGUUGUACGGUGUCGUUCUAGACACAAACUCUCUGAUGUUGGUUACGGAGUUGGCACCUCUUCGCUCUCUUCUGGAGUGUCUGAAGGAACCCAGUCUACGAGCCAGUUUUCCAGUACUGUCGCUGUGCGACUUCGCUGUACAGAUUGCAGACGGCAUGCAAUACCUGGAAGCCAAAAGACUGAUACAUCGCGACCUAGCCGCAAGGAACAUCUUGGUUUUUUCUAAGAACAAAGUGAAAAUCUCGGACUUCGGCCUAUCCAGGGCACUCGGAGUAGGCAAGGAUUACUACCAGACGAAUUUCAAUGUUAAUCUGAAACUGCCGAUUGCGUGGUGUGCGCCAGAGUGCAUCUCCUAUUUGAAGUUCACAUCUGCGAGUGACGUGUGGGCUUACGGAGUGACUCUUUGGGAGAUGUUCAGUUAUGGCUUUCAGCCCUGGGCUGCUCUGACGGGCCACCAAAUCUUAGAGGCUAUCGAUGAACCCAACUUCCAACGCCUCGAGCAGCCCGACUGUUGCCCUAAGGAUUACUUCUCGUUAAUGCAACAAUGCUGGCAGCACGAACCUACGAAGAGACCAAAGUUUUCAGAGCUAAUCAACCUUCUGCCAGAUUUGAAGCCUGAACAGGUUCAGGCGGUUCAAGAUAGUGCGGAAACAGGGCAAUUAGUAUACCGACAAGGGGAUGUGAUUACGGUUUUGGACAAGGGGAGCAGCAACACGCUUUGGAAAGGUGUACUGAAUAACGGGAAGACGGGACUGUUCAAUCCGGCACACACGAUAGCCUACCUCGGCUCGAAUUUGCCGAGUAACAAGCCCGGGGAGUUUACGAGGGGCGAUGGGAAAAAUGCCUUCUCCUCGCAGCGUAGAAAAAUACGAACAGACAUGAUCUCUUCUCCGCAAGGGGAUUUCAAACACACCGGUCACGUUGGACUGGACGGCGCCUACUUCGGUGACAUCAGUUUCUUAGGCGGAAAGUAUCCGCACCUUCCGCGUCAAGUGGUCACGCCGUAUAAACCUCAGGAAGACGCGACGGACAACUCUAGUCAAUUUGCCAGUCAAGAUGCAAGGAAUGCAGACACUACCAGGGAAUCGAUCAGGGAUAGCAGGAGUAUUCAGCACGUGCACCACGACACCCAAAGCAAACACGAAAGCCUUUGGUCUGACACGAGCUCUGAUAUAUCUCAUCUGGGAGCACCAAGCAAUACCAGCAAGCAAUCCAUGAUUUCGUGCAUGGCCACGGGUACGGAUAAUGGCGGGGCCGAUCACGAAUAUCACGAGAUCAGUGACGAAGAGAACCAGGACAGUCCGUUGAGAUUCGACAAACCUCUGAACUUCGACUUCGGUCCCAGCCUUCUGGACGAGAUGGAUCAGAUGUUUCGAUCGAUGGGUUCGUCACCGCCACCUCCUCCACCUGGACAUCCUCUGCCUUCGGAGCACGAUUCGAGCAAUGCCAGGAACGAACUUCGAGAGAUCCAGGCGAAGCAGUGUAACAAGAAAAAACAAGCCACCGUGAAGCCCAUCUCGGCAGCCGAUCAGAAAACUCUCUACUCGGCUAUCGCCAUGGCGCAGGAAUUGACGGCGCGUUCCAUGACAGACCUCGAGCAUCCGCCGGAGUCUCCUCGCACGCCUGCCAGUCCCUCCAGGCGCAGAAAGUUCUCUUUUAAGUUGCCACAUCAACACAGUCCCAAACCAGACAGACGACACUUUUCCGAGGAGGCCGCCAGUAUACCUGACAUCCAGGCCACCCUGUCCGACGAGGCCAAGGAGGUGUAUAACAACCUGGUGGAGGCGCCCAUCGCGGAGAACACCACGGACACGAACCCUCUGAGGAUGCUGAGGUCCGGCCUGCCCGUCGUCAGGCCCAGGGUCCGGGGCAACAAGCACGCCACCCUGGGCCACGUCCCUGCCCACUCGGACGAUCCCGGGGAACAGGGGUUCCACUUCGAUUCCCACCAUCACGGCGCCAGGACUUUGCCGAAGACCUUGCCGAAGAUCCGAGUGCCGCCGCCGCCCAACGCGCCGCCACCCGUACCCCAGACCCGCGGCCUCGAGAGGCACAACUCCGCCUCCGAGAUCGAGAACAACCAGAACCGCAACAACGUCGACGAGAACCCCAUCCCUCUACCGCCGAGGGAUCGCUCCAAGACCUUGCAGCCCAAGUCCAGCCUACCCCGCCACCAGAGGAAGCAUCCGCUGAUCAUCCCUGGCGGCGGAGUGACCAGGACCCUCGCAAAGAUGGCCGUCGUCACCCCGCCCGUCGAGGACCAGGUCGACGGGCACUCUGCGUUCUUCCAACAGGAGCCUGGGGCCUCGCAGAACCUGGAGAGGAACGAAAACCUUCUGCAUCCUGUCUCGGUCGCUCUAAACAGCCCUGAGGAGUUCGAACAGCGAAUCGACUCCGAGUUGGCCGCCCUGGAUUCCCUGCCGGUGGAAGAAAGCCGGUUGCACCGUUGCAGCGUGAUUUCGGAGGACCUUCUCGAGUUCUCCGACAACCUAAUCGACUGCGAGGUGCCGGAAUUGCGGCAGGUUAUUCCAGAGAUGGCCGCGGAUGGACGUCAAAGCGAAUCCUCGAGUAAGCUGCAGAGAAAGACCAGCACCGAGUCGAGGAGCUCGUCGAUGAGCUCGGCGUCCAAAUGCCCGCCGGAGACCCUGGAAGCGAGCGAUGUAAGCGGGAACUCGACUCCGACGAGCUUCAACCGCUCGGAGGACUCUUCAGGGUCCCAGAAGGCGGAAACGUCGAACCACGGGAUAUCCGGGAGGUCUCAGAGCUCGACCGGUCGAGGUAUCGGCUCUUCGGUCUCACGAUAUGGUCCUUGCAACUUCGGGCAUCAAGGGGACCGACCUCGCCCCGAGGGUCCGGUUACUGGUCCAGCAAACACCCUGGUAAACUCGACCUCUUCUGCGGCAAGGACUCAGGGCCAUCAGGGCAAGGACAACUCGUCGGUACACGAGGAGUUUCGCGUCAACAGCUCCGGGAAGAGCUGCCAUUUGGCUGGUGACAGAGGUACCGGCAGGACCAGUGAUCUGUCCAGACAGUCCGACCAUGUCUCCUGCGAGGAUCUUCUAGAAUUUGCCUGCGAUGGGCCCAACGCUCGCAGGACUCGCGGCCCCAGGAACGGAGAACAGUCUGACGAGGUCAGGAUCAUGCUGAAGGUUCUUCAUGAACAGUCCACCCCCGAGUCCUGCGUGGCCGCGCUUAAUGUCACCGACUGGGACGUUCUCGCCGCCAUCAAGCUGGAGCGGCUCCAGGGCUUGCUCAAGAAGGAGAACAACUUCGUAGGGUUGGAGGAUUGCAAGGUCAUGCUGACCCAGUGCGGCGGCGACGUUGUCAAGGCGGCUGCUUUGCUGAGGAACACCGAGGAUACAGCCGCUGUUUAAGGAUCCUGCACAGGAGGACGCGAACUGGGGAGUGUUGCUCCUCGAAUGUCGGACUUUUAAACGAAAUUAAAACACGGAAUUAAACAAUCGACGGCCCUACGUGAUGGGUUGAGGGGUUAGCCUACUGUAACAUUAAAAGAUAAAAGAUGUUAAUAUGCUGUACCUGAAGUGGAGGGGUUGAUUUAUGAAGCAGACGUAGCUGAUUGAGAAUAGGGCAACAAAAAAUCAGAAUAAAGCAACAUAAUUGUGGUAUCAAAUUUAAAAAUACGGUUCUCUCGAAAUGGCGUUUCUCAAAACGGCGUGCACGUUUCCUCGAGUUGUAGUUAUCCAACGGCAGUAUAUCAUCUGCAGUUAUCAUCAUGGCAUUGAACUAGAAACGGUCAAUGCUUAUCAAUAUGCUACAAUUACACGUAGAAUUUCUUUCCUUCCGUUUGAAUUACUGCUGGAUAGGGCAAUAGCGCACCCUAAUUGACCGUCUACAAGAAAAUAAUUAGUACUGCGAAUUUGCCGCACGGUAGACAUAAUUAAAUUUCCAUCGGUAUAACAUAUUUUAAUAGUUAACGAUAUGCUUAAAAAGGUGCCAAACGACAAUAGUAUUCGCAUCUUUACCUUCCCUACAAAUCCGCGACUAAAGGACGCUUAUUUUAUUAAUCCAUCACAGUAGGCUAACCCCUUAAAGGCGGUUUUUUUUUUCAAUCUCUACCUUCGGGAAGAAUAAUUGGAUUUCAACGAGUUGCGAUAUUCCUAUUGGACUGAUUAAACCCUGAAAGAGGGAUUAAAAGGUGAAAUAGUUGCGGUCCUUCUUUUUCCUCGAGUUGGUACUCGAGGUCAACAUUUGAUUUCCAUUGUUACAACGAAUUGUAGGAUCGGUUAAUAAUCCGCGCAGCUAUCGAUGAGCAGCAAAUGGGGUUUCGUGUCGCCCUGGCAUUUAGGAAGUAGCCCAAGCCGGGUCUUCUAUGCAAAAAGGAGGAUAACGUUAGUUACGCCAUUUGCCUGCGACCGGUGAAACCGGUGCCGGUUUCUAUUUCGAUGUGAACAAUGUAAAUGAAGGAAAGUUACAUUGUUUUUUGACAGUAAAGUCGGUGCCGGCGCCGAUUUUGCCGGUACCUAGGCAAACGGCCUUAAGGUUGGGUGAAGCUUUUGUCAUAGCAGCGACGAAGUUAGUUGUUCUAGACUUCUCGGACGUGCGUUUGUCCGACUAGACCGGUGUCCUUGUGGAGGCUUGAUACGGCACGCGGACGUAGAAUGGUAAACGCGGCGAAUCGCGACGAAUUAUUUAUUGCUUUCUCGUUUAAUUAGCGCGAAGAGUGGCAUCGAGGUCGAGCACUUUGAGUUUUCAGAGAGGGGUAGCGGGCGCGGAAGAGUCCUAGGGAUUUCGGAAUCACGAGGGCGAUGUUUUAAUUUAAUCGGGACACCAUUUCAGAAGACUAGAUUUGUUAGGCUGAUCCAGACUUGACUCGCGUCUCCUGCACGAAGGACGAGAAGAACGCCACCGACUGAGUUCCGCGAAGCACGCGUUGCGCAUUGUCAUACUUUAAUUUUACGAUAGGACAGGGAUUGCCGCAUUUCGAAGGAGUCAAUUUCAAGUGUCAUGCCAAAUACAGGUCGCGACCUAAUGUUAGGAGCGAAGCUAGGGACUGAAGCUCGAAUCGUCUGGGAGAGAGUUGCGGUUCAAUUGGAUUGGAUCGGAGAAAAUUGCGAGGAAGCUCCAUUCUUAGGGGCGUAAACGAGUUCAUUUUAAUUUUUCUUUUUCUCUUUUUUUUUUCCCCCUUAUUCGGCAGUUUUAUGUUAGAGCGAAUCUCUUUAAGGUAAUUCGGCGAGAGUUUAUUACCUUUAUUGAAUUUUUCUUUCCCGAGGAAAUUGAUGUACGAUCGGUGUCAUCAAUAAUUGUCGGAAAUUGGAUUCGGAGAAGGAAUGAUUCGGGAAAGGUGAUAAUCCACCUUCGCCUUUUCUCGAUGCGAAAGAAUGGUGAAUCGAAAGUGCGUUCCCGAAAUUUUUUACUCAGACUAGUAACGCGUCAGAAUGGUAGGAUACUCAAUGCUGUGUCAAGAUUCAUCGUUUGAUCGCAUUUGUCGGGUGUUUCUUUAUGAAACCGAGAUUUCGUCCUGGGAGGGACGGAAGCGUAAAGAUUAGGUUUUAAAGGAGACUUCUUUUUUAAGCACGGUGUAUCGUUCGCUGGUGUAUAUAUAACAGUACUGAGAGUAGGGUCUCGAGAAGAUGAAAAAGACGAGGUUAUUUCGUUGUCGAGUGCACAGAAAAGACGCACAAAAAGAUACUCAAAUCUCUUCCGAGGACGGCAGAUGGGUCGAGGUCGACGUCGUCGAUUAAACGAUUAUUCUCGAUCAAACGUCGAUGAAACGAGAUUCUUCAAGCGCCACGAUUACAGGGUUGAGUUAGCGCCAAAAGUUCGAAAAAUUCCUUGUGUUCCUUAAGGAUAGAUUUUAAGUAGGAUUUAGGAUGUACCUUAGAGACGACUUAAGUUGCGCCGAGUUUUAGGGAGAGAACAGUGUAAAAGCGAGAAAACCUUAAAAGCGUAAACGUAGUGCGCCGUAGGUCUGAAAUCGUUGACUAACGUUAAGCUGUACUUCGCUGACCGUACUAUUGCGAUAGAGUUUCUUAUUUUUUUUUUUUUCCUUCUUUUCUACUAGAACCGUGGCUGCAUUUAUACUUUUAUCCUUUCAGGAGACGAAACCCGAGAACUGAAUUGUUUAAAAAUUAAGCCUAAUGCACACUAUGUAUAGGAGAUAAUUGCCUUACGCCUUCCAAUUUGCGAAUUUUGUACCUAGCCAAAAAGAUGGAACGAAGAGACACUAAUUGGAAGUUAAUUCGUGUCCUAGUUAAGUCAACCAGAUGGCAGAGUUUAUCCUACGCAGAUCUUGGGACUUAUUUGAAAUAGUUUUAUCCUAAAUUUUCUAUCUAUUGAUUCUCCAAAUCCAUUUAAGGGGGGUAUUCCCGAGCUAGCUCUUUUUAAUUGAAUUCGUCGAAUUCUGCGCAUAUUUAAUCAUGUAAAAAUUUGUUUAAUUAAUCAGCGGAAUAUUGCUCAGACAAAAAUGUACUAAAUCGUGAUGUACAAUCAUGAAAUGAGAAUUCGCAAAUGUCGAAUGGAUGUCAAUUUUGUAUAAAACUAUUUCAAAUGGACGUUCAGAUCUAAUCCUAUGUCAUUGCCAUGAUUAUCAUUACCACUCGCGAUUUGUAAUUUUUUAUUAAUCGACGUUUUUAUCCGCAAUCGUUGGACGAGAGAACUGUGAUGAUACAUUAAAGGGAAAUUAAUCGUAGUCGUUUCGACGUAAUCGUCACCUCGAAUAUGCGAGAAGCACUGAACAGGCGAGGGUAAUUCCAGAAAUUUUUUAAAAUAAUUUUUUUACGUUUAUACAGUUGCGUGCGUUAACAAAUUUUGAUAGAAAAACAAGAAAAAAAUGAUAUUAAGAGACACUACCUGAAUUCCUACGAUUAAGUUGAUUUAGAUAAUCGCGUUGUAUUUAGACAUUUGAAGUUUAAUUAAACCUGCGCGCUUCGAAAUGAGCUAAUCGUCAUCGCUAUAAUCAGACCUGGAUAUUUAUUUAAGAAAAGUCCAUUAAAAGUGUUCUAUAAAAAGAUAUUUGCUAUUGUUAACUUAUCAUGUGCACGCUACACAGAUACCCUGCAUGCAUCAAUUCCCAAGAGAUUAUAAAAUAUUGAUCGAUUACCAAGUCUCUUGAGUUAAUUUGAGGAAAGUAUUUAAAUUACUUUUCUUUUUUCAAAUAAAUUCAUUUAACUCGAUGCUCAGUUAACAGUUUAGGAACUAUGGCUAGUUUAUGCGUGGAAUGCUUUGAUUAAAUGUAAGCAUACAUUAACGCCUUAAGAAUAAACAAAUGCUGUACCAAACUAUAUUUAGAAAAAAAAAAAAAAAAGGAAGAGGGAAAA